CUCAAAAGCCGUGGCGUUGAGAGUCAAGGAGCCAAUCCGAAUUGACGGGCGAUGACCGACUACGUGGUCGUGACCAUGGCGCCGCUGAGCGCCGACGACGCUGUCCGGCGCGUCGAGCACGCGAGCGCAGGCGCGAUCUCGACCUUCAUUGGCACGACCCGCGACUCGUUCAACGGCAAGGUCGUCGAGUACCUCGAGUACGAAGGGUAUGUGCCGAUGGCCGAGAAGGAGCUCUUGGCGAUUUGCGCGUCGAUCCGGCGGCAGUGGCCUGGCGUCGUGGGCGUCGCGAUGGCGCACCGCUUGGGCGUCGUGGCGGUAGGCGAGGCGAGCGUGAUCAUCGCCGUGUCGUCGCCGCACCGCCGGGAGGCGCUCGAAGCCGUCGCGUACGCGAUCGACACGCUCAAGGCCCGCGUGCCGAUCUGGAAGCUGGAAAAGUACGCUGGCGACGCGCGCAUGUGGAAGGAAAACCCCGAGUGGCGGACCAUGACGCCCAUCGAGUAGGAUCGC